AACAGAGGAAGUCCUAAACGUCAGCAAUGCUUUGCCCAUACGCUGCAGUUAACUGUUGGUGAUGGUCUCAAGGAUGCACGGAUCAUGAACAGUACCUUUGCAAAAUGCUCCAAACUGAGCUCUCUCCUGCAUACAUCCAGCACCUUUAAAGAUGCAUUUGAAGAUAAGUUUGGGCAGCGAGGGAUACCCGCUGCUGUGAAUACACGGUGGAAUUCAACUCUCCGCCAAGUCAAGGCAGUUCUCUCGUUCAGUCAUCAGGAACUGUGCAGUGUUGUUCAGGACACAGGCCAUAGUGAGCUGGUCUUCUCAAUUAGGGAGUGGAAUCUGAUGAAAGAGCUUUGUGAUGUGCUACAGCCAUUUGCCGAGGCCACCGAUCUUAAUCAGGGAGAGAAGAUUGUGACGGUCAGCUCUGUCCUCCCCUGUGUAUUGUCACUAAACCACCAUUUGGAAAAACUCAAACAGCAAGUGCGCUUCCUAGGAAGCAUGAUCCAUAGCCUGCAAUGCUCUCUCAAGAAAAGAUUCCGGGGGAUCUUUGUAAAUGUUAAAAUGUUAUCAGCAGCAUCAGGAGAAGAGCUGCCAUUUGCUGACCCACUCUACAUCAGAUCAGCUGUCCUGGACCCAGCUUUCUCCAUGAUGUGGCUUCAGCAUGAUGUGCUUGUCACUGAUGACAUAAAGAAUGAAAUUGUUGACAUGGUGAAAGAUCUGAUUCUACGUGAGGUGCGACCUAACACAACAUCCCAGAGUCCUGUAUUCGAAGAGGUUGGAAAUGAAAACCAGGAGGAAGAGAGCACUGGCUUAUUCUCAUACAGAAAACGCCCCAAGCAGGACACAACCACCAACCCAGAGACACAACUAAAUAACUAUUUGAGUCUUUGUUGUGGGCAGGCUUGUCUGUCCUUCUGGGAUGCAAACAGGGGUAUACUACCUGUACUUUUCCCUGUUGCAAUGAGAGCUUUUUCAGUGCCGGCUUCAAGUGCCCCAGUUGAAAGGGUCUUCAGUCAUGGUGGGAUCAUCAUGAGGCCACAUCGUGCUCGGCUUGCAGACAAGACCCUCUCAAAUCUUAUAUUUUGCAAGUGCAAUACCUUUUAAAAGAGGUAAUGACUUAUGGAUAUAGUGUGUGUGUGUGUGUGUGUGUGUGUGUGUGUGUGUGUGUGUGU